AUGACAGCAAGCCUGAGUGAGAAAGAUGAAGAAAAAGUGAAACAGAGUGUUGAGAAGAUGGUGGAAGAGUUGAAAGAGACAACUAGUAAAGAUGAUGAUGAAAGUGAACAGAAGAAUGAAGAGGUGAAAGAAGAAGAUGCUGGUGAAGAAGAUCAGAAACCAGCAGAAGAAGCUGUUAUUGAAAAACAGCAGGAUGAAGAGAAUUUGAAGAGGAAAGAAGAAGUUGAUGAAGAGAAAUUGGAGGAAGUUGAUGAGAAGUUGGAAAGGUCAGCUGGUGUAGCUGAUGCAGGUGAAGUUGUUCCUGAGGAACAACAGAAGAAGGAAGAAGAUCAGAAACAGACGAUAGAAAAAGCCUAG